CGAUAUUUAAAACUUGUUAGGGGUGCAGCUACGUCACUCGACGUAUCCCAUGGACCUGGGAAUAAAGGGGAAGCUGGUCUGGUCAGCAUUAUUGAUUUUACAUUUACAUUCAAUUCUAGUUAAAUUCAUUUCUUCCGUUGAACCUGAGUAGGGGCAGUGGAAUCAUGAGAGGGAUGGGUCACGUCUAAAUGCAGCAGGAAAUGUGAAUGAGAAUUAAAUAUAAUGGAAAGAUUGAAGGAAGACGCUGGGCGCAUGAUGUGUAGAGGCUGUCACAGGGCAUGAGAGCUCUCAGAAGGAUCUUCACUACUCCCCACUACUGCUGCUGGAUGAAAAGGGGGAAGUGAAGGGGCAGCAUGCAUUACAACUCCCCCUAUCUGUGAGCCCUGGGGGUAUACCCUGUUGCUAGUCAGCAUCCGGUAUCAUGGCAACGAGAAGCUCCUUCGUAACCCCUCGAUGGUCUCACCCCGUUCAUCCCUUCUGCUGCCCAGAUGCGCGCGCUUACACAGCGAGCUGUUCGAGGCAACGGGAUAGCGGGAUGCAACAGUAGGCACUUGCGGUGCAACAGAGGGACCAGCAAACUGACAGAGUUCUCCUACUAACUGAGUGAAUUUCAAAUUACAUAUCAAUUAUCGGGUUCUGUUAACAAUUGUGGAUAACAAAAUGGAGUAUACUACGGAAUUGCAAGAAAAACUGAUCGACUUAGUGGAAAAACGUUCAACUAUUUGGGAUCCACGAUAUAAGAACCAUGUAAAUAGAGAUGACUUGGAUAUAUGUUGGAGGGAAAUAGGAAGAACUAUCGGAUUGUCAGGAAAAGAAGCAAGUAAAAUGUGGAAGAGCUUACGGCAUGAAUUUAAAAGACAAUAUAGCCAAGAAAAAGCUAAGGCAGCGAAUGGAGCCAGUCCUGAACAGUUCGAAUCCACCUGGCCGCUUUUCACUAAAUUACUGUUCUUAAAAGAGAAGGGGAGACACCAGAAAGCUGAACCUGUAACACGUGAAUCUGUAAUACGUCUAGUAAGCAACUCAAUGGUGUCCGUAAAAGAGGAACCAUUGGAACACGAUGAAGCAACGACAUUCUUAUCAUCUGAUGUCAAUGCAAUGCCUCCUUUUAAGAAACUGAAAACACUAAACGCAGACGUGACGUUGACCGUAGCGAAAACAGAAAAAUUUAAUAAAAACGUGAAACGAGAUUACGACGUGGACGACGAAGACAUUGGCUUCUUCAAUUCGUUGUUACCACACGUGAGGAGACUGUCCCUUUCUAGAAAAUUUAUAUUUAGAAUGGAAACGCAGAAAUUGGUCUAUGAUCUAACAUUUGCUCCAAGUUUCUUAGAGGAGAGACAAGAACAGUCACAACAACCAGGUUGACAGUAAUAUAUUUUAAUAUCAAUGUUAAUAUUAUUAGAAGUCGGUGUAGGUCGUGGGGCGACGUACAGGGAAGUGUGCAGGAAGAUGCACGUGCAGUGCGGUGCUGAACAAAGCUUAUGUGAAGGGACCACGUCACAAGAUCCAUGAUCUGUCAUUCCCAGUGGUGGG